AAACCGAGUGUUUAUAAUUGGCCAGGCUAGCCGCCAGGAUUUUUAACCAGGCAGGAUGUCGUUCUACGCGCUCGCCCUAUUCUGCGCAACCGCGUUUGUGCUCGCCGCGGCUCAGGAUUUCGAGCUUCCUGUACAAACCUGCAAACAUGAGUCAGAUGAUUAUUCAUCUUGCUUGAGACUUGCGAUACAAGAAGCAUGGCCGAAUUUCGUCCCAGGUAUCCCGAAACUCGAUCUGCCGACCUUGGAUCCGUAUUUUACCGAACAUGAAAGAACCGUGUACGAAACUGACCAAUUACGUGCGGACAUCACAGUCAUGAAUGUUAACACCUAUGGACUUGCGAAGGCUCAAUUCUUGGCUGUGAGACCGCAACAUUCCGACAAUUUCUUCAAAUUGGAGCUUGAUGUCGAUAUGCCGAAAAUGCUUAUCGAGGGUAAUUACAAGGCGGAGGGAUCUCUGGGAACUUUCCAACUUGGCGGCGAAGGAUUCUUCAACAUUAGCAUGGAGGACAUUAAAUCCACAAUGACAAUAGAAGGGCCCGUAGCUAACGAUAGGUGGACAAUCGAACAUUUCCAUCUAAAUCCGGAAGUCGGAAAGAUGCAGAUCUGGUUCAGCGACAUGUUCAACGGUAACCAGGAACUUAACGAUGCUGCUAUGAAAUUCGUUAACGAAUACUGGCCGACCUUGUAUCGCUCAAUGCUGCCGUUCCUUGCGAAGAACUGGGAUCAACAGCUUACUGAUCUCAGCAACCGCGUAUUCUCGAAAGUGUCCUUCUCGAAAACGUUCCCUUGAAGCCCCUGAAGAUGUUCCUUUCUGCUAGGGCACGUACAUAGCAUAGUAUGAUCGAGAGAGAGAGAGGAAGAGGGAGGGAAAGAAAGAGAGAGGGAGAGAGCGAAAGAGAGAAAGAGAGGGAGGGAGAGAGAGGGAGAGAGAGAGAGAGAGAGAGAGAGAGAGAGAGAGAGAGCGCGAGACCGAAAGAGCGCCGAAUUUGCAAUCACAAUUAAUUUAGAUGAUUACUCAAAACCGGCGUAGAAAAGCACGAACUUUCUCUUUCUGAAGUCUACGAACACACCGACGUGAUAAGUUUCUCUUUUCACCACACGUACUCCUGAUAGUGUUAUUUAGAUUUGCACGACGUCGACAUGCGUGUGAAUAGUGCGACAAUGGCGAGUUUAUUGUACAAUUAUGUAACGUAUAAACAUAGAUUAUUUUUAUCAUUGUUACUAUUAUUGUGUUAUUGCUAUUUCCACUAGUGAUUGUACAUGUAAAGCACAGACGUAAUCAAUAUAAAAAAUAAUAUAAAGAGUGCUAGAUGUAUAAAC